GUAACAGAGUGAGAAAGCAAACCGCUAUAUGUGCCUGCGGAGUUCAUGCUACUCAGAUCUACUGAAAACCACGCCAUGGUUCCUCUAAAUGGUGUCGAGGGAUGAACUUUGAUUUCCACAUCCUGUCACAGCUUCUACUCGGGUUUGUGUGCGCGCUGCAAGCUGGGUAUAUCUCUCGAUUUCCCACGCAGCGUGUCACCAAACGCAACGUGAACUUGGUCCUAAAUCAUUGUACAGUACAACAGGCUCGCUCCACGGAUUAAAGCUCAUCUGUCGGGCAGCGCUGCUGGGAGAGGCCCAGACUCACUGCAUCUGUACCACUGAGGACAUAUUCAUUGGAAAUGAAAGAGGGAAAAGGAUAAUCAUGCACUGUGUAGACAGGAGAGGACUAAGGAGCACGUGAACAUGUCCCAGAAGGCAACUAAAACAUGGUGCCUUAGGCUUCUCCCAGUGCUCUUCUUCUUCAUCUCCUUUGUCACAUACUACUACUCCUAUGCCAUACUUCAGAGCUACGGAGGCACCAACAAGUCUCCGAACAGUAGCAAGUCGCUGUGUGGUGGCUGGCUAACCCAGAAGAAGUGGGAGAGCCUUAACUUUAAUAUUAGCAGACAGACUCGGCUCUUUCUGAAGCUGGAGGAUUUCUUCUGGAAGGAGCAUCUGUCAAAGCUGGCAUUACCUUAUGGCAUUAAGGGCAGUGAACUACUGCUACUGCAAGUCCUUGCUGUUACCGCAAAUUAUCAGGUGCCAGAAAACAUUGAAAACCUGGAAUGCAGAACCUGUGUAGUCGUGGGCAACGGCUUUGCCAUCAAAAACAGCUCGUUGGGAGGCAUCAUCAACAAAUAUGACGUGGUGAUUCGGUUGAACAAUGCCCCAGUGAGAGGAUACGAGGAGGACGUGGGGAAUAAGACCACUAUGAGGUUUUUCUACCCUGAGUCGGCCUCGUACAACCCGGGUCUGAACAACGAGCCCGGCACGCUCAUGGUCCUGGUGCCUUUCAAACCGCAGGAUCUCCGCUGGCUCAAAGAGAUCCUCUAUAACGAGAAGAGGGUCAGAAAAGGCUUUUGGAGGAGCCCUCCUCAGAUCUGGUUGGGUGACUACAGUAAAAUAAGGGUGCUGGACCCCCACUUUCUGCACCAGACUGCAGACAGACUGCUCCGGAUCCCUCUGCAACCCAAGAGCAAACAGCCAGUGCAUCCUACCUCGGGGAUCCUCGCUGUGUUCGUUGCUCUCAACUACUGUGAUGUGGUCCACAUUGCUGGUUUUGGAUACCCUAACACAAAGAGCCUAAGGCACCCUAUCCAUUACUACGGAUAUGACACCAUGAAGUCAAUGAAGAAUUCUUACCAUGAUCUCAAUCAUGAAGCUGAUGCCUUAAAAAGACUGGAGGAUUCGGGAGCCAUUUUGUACCUGCACCCACAUCUAUGAUACACAUACCUUUUUCGAGUUUGAUUCAAUCCAAAAAUGUGACCAAAACGUAUUUGCAUUUGGACGGGUCAACCCACUCAGAUUCUAAUGUGCCUUUUUUGCAGUGGGAUACAAGACAUUUUUUACAUGUACUAAGUCAUCAUUGGGUGACAAAAGUGUAAAAAUGUCGAGCUCGAAAGAAUGUUUAUAUCCCUGGCGCCUUACAUUUUCUCAAACUAAGACACAUGAAAUGUGACUUUAUAAUGGCUUUCCUUCAAUUUGUCGAGUACUAUCUCGAGGUGACAUGGCUUAGCAUCUUGCAUUAUGUUUUAUGAUUGUAAUUCAACCGGGAUUUGAAUCACUUCAUUCAAAGUGAGUACGCAGGAGAACUAUUCAAAGGCGACCCAGUUGUCCUGUUUGUGCAAAGAGAAAUUACGCCUGAUUUAGAUUGGAUAAUCACUGUGCUUUGAUUUCGUUUUUUAAAACCAUUUGAUACUGUGGGCUUCUAAUUUCCACAUCAUAGGAAACAAGCGUUUUCGAUCUGCAGUUUACAUAUUUGUUGUUGUUUGCAAAGAUGAAUGCAUAUCAGUGAGUUCCAAACAAAUCAGACCGGUUUAUUUCUCAUUGUACACACUCACUGUGGUUUAGGAUUCACUUCUAACAUACCAGCAUCUGUUUUAUGUUAAAGAGGUGUGUACAAAUCUACAGCAUUUCUUUGUGAACUUCACUUUUGUUGUACAAAAUGAAUUGACCCCAAGCCUGAUUUAAACAGGAUUUAAUUCAUCUUAUUUUUUGUAAUUCUUGGACUGGAAAUACUACUUGUAUUUUGCCAAUUUGGUAGCUUUUUGAUUGCAGGUGUCUGGGCUUUUUAAGUUAUUUUAUCCUUUUUUUUGUUGCUUUUUUGUAGAAACAAAACCAAUAAAUGGUACCACUGGAUAUUUGUAUUGUACAGAAUGAAAUACAUUUUAAAUUAAAAAGAAAUCAAAAUUAAUGUCAC